UUCGAACUCACGACCCAGAGACUGAGCUGGCCGGGCGCCCCUCAAAUUGUACCCUUUCAAGAUGGGCAACUCAUUUUAUGUCAGUAAUAGCACCAGAGGACUGCUGUUAAAGGAUGGCCCUGCGAUUUGCUUCAAGGAGCCUGGCGUCCGUGCCCCACCUUCCUGCCCAUGUGCCCGUGGACCUGGUCCCCGCCUCAGCUCACUCCCGAGAUGCCACGAGAUGCCACUGCGGCCCUGAUUCAGUCUCUCUUCAGCAACGGGUAGCAGAAUUGGAAAAAAUCAAUGCAGAAUUUUUACGUGCACAGCAGCAGCUUGAGCAAGAAUUUAAUCAAAAGAGAGCGAAAUUUAAGGAGUUGUAUUUGGCUAAAGAGGAGGACCUGAAGAGGCAGAACGCGGUGCUGCAGGCGGCGCAGGAUGACCUGGGGCAGCUCCGGACGCAGCUGUGGGAAGCCCAGGCAGAGAUGGAGAACAUCAAGGCCAUCGCCACAGUCUCCGAGAACACCAAGCAGGAGGCCAUCGACGAGGUGAAGAGACAGUGGAGGGAGGAGGUCGAUUCGCUCCAGGCUGUUAUGAAAGAGACAGUCCGCGACUACGAGCGCCAGUUCCACCUGCGGCUGGAGCAGGAGCGGGCCCAGUGGGCUCAGUACCGCGAGUCCGCUGAGCGGGAGAUCGCCGACCUGCGGAGACGGCUGUCGGAGGGCCAGGAGGAGGAGAAUUUAGAAAAUGAGAUGAAAAAGGAGAAGACUGUACUUCAGCCUCUUCAUGAGACUCCAUCUUCUUCACCUCUGGAGUCACUGGGCCAUCUGACAGAGCUGUCCACAGCACCCCCCUCGGCUAGUUCCAGACAAGCGGCCUUUCUGCGGAGUGAGGCGCUGGAGGGCCCCACGUCGCGGCAGUUCUGUGUUUACUCCGGGGACGCGGUUAUGCCUAAGACCAGUUUUCUACAGCAAAAUCGCGUUUUGUUUCAGGUUAAGGAGCUGAAUCACUAUCUGGAAGCUGAGAAGUCCUGCAGAACGGAUCUGGAGAUGUAUGUAGCCGUCUUGAACACUCAGAAGUCCGUUCUACAGGAAGAUGCCGAGAAGCUUCGGAAGGAGUUGCAUGAAGUGUGUCACCUCCUGGAGCAAGAGCGGCAGGAGCACAACCAGCUGAAGCACACGUGGCAGAAAGCCAACGACCAGUUUCUGGAGUCUCAGCGCCUGCUGAUGCGGGACAUGCAGCGCAUGGAGGUGGUGCUCACGUCGGAGCAGCUGCGCCAGGUGGAGGAGCUGAAGAAGAGAGACCAGGAAGAAGAGGAGCAGCAGAGGUUCAACAAGAGGAAGGACCGUCCAGACGCAGAUGCCGAGGAGGAGGUGAAAGCGCCCGCGGUGUGCGCGCUGGCGGCCCCGGUACCACACGAAGAGGGCCAGCGGGACAGCGCCCACGGCUCCGUGCACUCCCUGGACGCGGACCUGCUGCUGCCGUCCGGGGACCCGUUCGCCAAGUCGGACAGCGACCUGUUCAAAGACGGACUCAGGAGAGCACAGUCCACGGACAGCCUGGGGCCCUCGGGCUCCCUGCAGUCCAAAGCUUUGGGCUACAACUGCAAGGCCAAGUCUGCUGGAAACCUGGACGAGUCGGAUUUUGGGCCGUUGGUGGGAGCGGAUUCGGUGUCUGAGAACUUUGACACGGCUUCCCUUGGGUCGCUGCAGAUGCCCAGUGGGUUUAUGUUAACCAAAGACCAGGAAAGAGCGAUCAAGGCGAUGACGCCAGAGCAAGAGGAGACGGCGUCUCUCCUCUCCAGCGUCACCCAGGGCGCGGAGAGUGCGUACGUGUCCCCCAGCGGCUACCGCCUAGUCAGCGAGACGGAGUGGGACCUCCUGCAGAAGGAGGUACAUAACGCUGGAAACAAACUCGGCAGACGCUGUGACAUGUGUUCCAACUACGAGAAACAGCUACAAGGGCUGCAGACUCAGGAGGCGGAGACACGAGACCAGGUGAAGAAGCUGCAGGUGAUGCUGAGGCAAGCCAACGACCAGCUGGAGAGGACGAUGCGGGAGCGCCAGGAGCUGGAGGCGGCGCUGAGGCGGAGCGCCGAGGACGCUGGCCAGCAGAUCUCUGCGCUUGUCCACAGAGCCCAAGCGUCUGAACUCCUACUUGAAAACUUACAGCAGGAAUUUUCCCAGGCAAAAAGGGAUGUUCAGGAACAGAUGGCCGUGCUGAUGCGGUCCCGGGAGCAGGUUUCCGAGGAGCUGCUGAGGCUGCAGAAGGACAACGACAGUCUGCAGGGGAAGCACAGCCUGCAUGCGUCGCUGCAGCAGGCCGAGGCCUUCAUCCUGCCGGACACCGUGGAGGCGCUGCGGGAGCUGGCCCUCGGCUACCGCGAGAACAUCGUGCACGUGCGCACGGCGGCGGAGCACAUGGAGGAGAAGCUGAAGGCCGAGAUCCUCUUCCUGAAGGAGCAGAUCCAGGCGGAGCAGUGUCUGAAGGAGAACCUGGAGGAGACUCUGCAGCUGGAGAUCGAAAACUGCAAGGAGGAGCUGGCUUCAAUUUCCAGCCUAAAAGCCGAACUAGAAAGAAUAAAAGUAGAAAAGGGGCAGGUGGAGUCGUCGCUGAGAGAGAAGGCUCAGCAGCUGGAGAGCGUCCAGGACACGAAGGGCGCGCUGGAGGAGCAGUUGAGGAGGGAGACGGCUGCCAAGGUUACUGUCGAGCAGCUCCUAUUUGAAGAGAAGAACAAAGCUCAGAGGCUGCAGACGGAACUGGACGUCAGUGAGCAGGUGCAGAGGGACUUUGUGAAGCUGUCUCAGACCCUGCAGGUGCAGCUGGAGCGGAUCCGGCAAGCCGGCUCCCUGGAGAGGAUCCGGGCGAUUCUCAACGACACCAAGCUGACGGACAUCAACCAGCUCCCGGAGACAUGACACCCGCCGCAGGACGUGGCCCGCACCCUGGGUUUUUAACUCUUUAGAGCAACAUUAAUUAUUCUUUAACUCUUAACUGAAGAAGUGACAGAACAGGAGGCCGGGCACGAGGCUCCCCCGUGGCAGGAGAAGACUGUGGUGCGGGAGCCGUGAGCAGACUUCCAGAUGGGGACUCCAGGGGUGACGGAGGAAGUGCUGCUGUGGCCCACGUGUCCCUGCCUUUAAAACAACAUCCCAGUCGCGUUUGGCAUUUGGAAUGAGCUUUGCUGGUCGCAGAUUCUGGGAGAGAGCGUUCCCUUUUCCUGCCGUCCAGACUCCUCAGCAGCCGCCCGCCUAGCACGCAGGCGUGGCAUUUGCUGUAUGAAUAUUUUAUAUUAAAAUAUGAAGGCUGAGAGCAGGCCGUUGGCUAGUGACAGAAUCUCCGGGCUCCGUGCGUUUUUCCUGUCGUCUUCUCUCACAUCGGAGGCCCGCAAACGCACUGAGGCCCGCCGAGUACGGCGACGACGGCAGGCGAAUCAAUUGUGAGAACUCGAACACGAGGCCGGGCGCUCUCUGUUUUGGAAGCUGAAGUUCAAGGAAAAGCAAGCACAAGAGACUGGAUGCACUUUCCCUGCCCCCGGAUGCGUCUCGUGGGCCCGCAGGUACAGGGUUCAGCUGCACUGGCGUGUCUGCUCUGGAAAACUGUUAGUUUAGUUGUUGGAUCAGUGGAAAAAUAAUAUGAAUAAAACAAGCUGUCUGACAUCUAGUAUAAA